GGAAUGCUAAACUGCAGAAUGGUGUGGAAAUGCACCUCAAGAAUAAUUGUGUCAUCUUCACAAAGUGCUUAUCUUCCACUUGAAGCGGGAAGAGCCAGCAAAAACAAAUGCAAAUCUGAUAGGAGACAGAAGCUACAAGAGGCAGCUGUGUACCUGCUAACCCGCCAUCAGAACUUGAAUGAUCUGUUGCUCGAGGGAGAAAAUCCACCAUGUAAAAAAUCAUUAUGCCUUAGCAAACUUACUGAUGCCAGCAGUCCAGACUCAUUAGCAACACCUUCCAAGUCACUUGUAGUCUCUGCUUUGCAGGAACAAGCCUCAAGACUAGGGGUACCUGUGGGAAUCCUAUCAGCCAGAACCGCUGCUUCCAGUAUUGAGCAGAUCUGCCAGGCUUCAGCGAGUUCCAGCCAAAUUGCACUGCUGAGCUGGGAGCAAAGGAAGAAAUUAUCUGCUUUGUUGGAGACAAUACAGAGUUUAUUGGUACAAAAUGUAUUCUCUAGGCCCCUCUUUUGUCAAGAACUGUGGAAAGUGCAGAGUUCGCUGGUGCUGGAAGCUCUGUGGCACCUUCACACCAAUAAUAUUGUUGGCCUGGAAGAACUGCUGGAUAGUCAUCCAGAUCUCAAAACCCUAGAGAUGUGGCUCUCUAGCAACCUGCACCUUCUGUGUGAGCAGACAGAGGAUUCUACUGAAGUUACGGAAGUCACCAGGAACAUGCUCUCAGAUUUUAUGGGACUGUUGGUUCAGAGAGGAUUUCAGCAAGCUUCCAAUCUGAAAAGAAACAAGGAACAAGAGAAAACAUCCCGGGUCUUUGUUGCUGUAUUACAGCGAAUGCUGACAAAUGUUCUUGAUGCUGUUGCUGUCGAAGAGCAAGACAGAUCUUCUUCAUCCAAGGCGGUGAAAUGUUGGUUAAAGGUAUACUGUGUUUCCAUGUAUGGCAAUUUGAUUUCUCCAGAUUCUUUAAAACGAUUUUUUACUCAUACCCUGACUCAGAUUUUUAUCUACAAUCCUGUUCUGAAAGCAUCUGAUGCCAUUCGAAUGCAGAGGGAAUGGAGCUUUGCAAGAACCUGUCCGCUGCUCACCAUGAUCUAUCGUGGACUGUUUGUUGUGUUUACCCCGAAGGAGCUGGUCAGUCAUUUGCAGGAAGUUCUAGAGACAUAUGAGGUUAACUGGCAGCAUAUUCUGUCUUGUGUAUCUACGUUGGUCGUCUGCCUGGCUGAAGCACAACAACUGGUUAAAGAUUGGUUGGCCCGUUUGAUGAUCAAAGCAUUUGAGACUUAUAACUUGGAAAGUAUGAUCACUGCCUUUCUGAUAGUUCGUCAAGCAGCUCAGGAGGGUCCCUCGGUGUUCAUAUCUUACACGGAAUGGUUUAAGGUUUCUUUUGGCAGUGUUAGUGGUUACCAUAACAGCAGUAAGAAGGCUUUGGUCUUCCUGUGCAAGUUCCUAUCGGAUAUAGUGCCCUUUGAAGCUCCCCAGUACAUGAAGGUACAUAUCCUUCACCCUCCAUUGGUGCCUGCCAAAUACCGAUCACUGCUCUUAGACUACAUCACCUUGGCCAAAACCCAGUUGGCUGAUCUCAAUGUUGCUAUAGAAGACAUGGGCUUAUAUGAGGAUUUAUCAUCACCGGGAGAACCACUGAAGCCCCAGUGCCAGGCCUUAAAAGAUGUUGAAAAGGCCAUUAAGGUUUUUGAACAGACUGGAAAAAUCCCUGCCCUUGUACUGGAAGCCAGUAUCUUUAGGCGACCUUAUUAUACAACCCGCUUCCUCCCAGCUCUGCUCACACCACGAGUGCUCCCUGAAGUGCCUGAUUCCCGGAUGACUUUUAUAGACUUCCUAAAGAGGUCUGAUAAAAUUCCAGCAAAUCUAUAUGACAGCUACCACCGAGCAUGUUCUACUGCAGAAGAAAGGCAAGAUGAAGAUGCUGCUGUGGAAAUGGAGACUGACUCUGCUGAUGGGCCUUUGGAUCGGUUAAAAGCAGGACUAAAAGAUCUGAGAACACUGAUAGUAGACCCCACCAAAUAUGAUGCAAUGGCAGCUCAGAUUGCAGUGAUCUCUGAGAAACUGCGAAUUGUUCUGGGGCACAGUGAGAGCAACACUGAAUGUGAGACUCUGAGGGUUCAUCUUAACUUUCACGCUCCAAAACUUGAGCAGCUAGAACAAAGGGUCACUGAUCUAUUACUGACCUCUUUCUGCCAGUAUUUAAUAGUUUCUUCCAGUUUCAAUCCUCCUGACAGGCAGGGCCCCUGGCCCUCCCUCUUUGUGAAAAUGAUGUGUGGACACAAGCGUCUCCUUCCUGCUGUGAUCACCAGACUCUGCCAGCUUAUUUACCAUCAGGGGCCGUGUCUGAGUGACACCCAUAUUAUAGGGCUGGCUGCCUUGGCAGUUCAUCUGAAUGAAUCCAAGUCUUUCUUUCCGGAAUUGGAUACCACCUUUGCAAAGCGUCUUUCUGUAGCAGAGUACUGGGAGCAUCUCCUGACCUGCAGAACAGGGCUGUCUUUAUCCUUCUGCUUGCGGUUUUGUACUGCAGCAGUUUCUUAUUCGUUAUGCAAGUUUUCUUCCCACCCGUGUGAUACACUGCAUAGCUGUGUUCCUCCAGGAUUUAUAAGAAAGUUACAGUUUGUUGUGCCACGGCUGUUGUUAGAAGCUCGCGGAGUGAACUGGCAGAAAGAUGAAACCAAUCCUCCUUGGAGGCCUCUGUUCUGUCCCUCAGUAAACUGGAAGAGAGCUGCCCUCUGCCUGUGGAAGCACAGACGUUUCCAAGAACUUUCAAAGGAGAAAGGAUUUCUGUUAACUUUCAAGGACUGGUUGCUGUUUGAGCUGGAAGUCCAACCUGAAACUGAUGUUCUUUCAGAUGCAGAAAGGAAGGACUUUCAUCAGUGGGCUUUGUACCAGCGGUAUGUCCCUGAAUCCUCCGCCGCCGGGGGCUGUGAUGGAGACACGGAAAGAGCGUGCACGCUUUUUGUCGGUACACUCGUGGAUUUCUGCCAACGAUCACCCUUGGAAAAGUCCGAGUUGUCUCUCUAUGACACAGGGGGGAAUCGGGACAUCCUUUCCAGAUUACAGGAAAUGGUACUGGAGCUGGAACUGGAGCACAAGAGGACCUCAGGUGUUGUCAGGCCACGUGGCCAAGGGCAUUUCCUGUUCAGUGUUUUCAAAGAAAAAUUACAGACUGGGGGAGAUGGCUUGACUGUGAGUGAGCAACUUAUCAGACAGCGGGAGAUUCUUGUGCACAAAAGAAUUGUCCUGAGCCUUCCUCCUUCGGUUCUAAUCAAAUGCCAAGGACGACAACAGGUUGCCUUGGACUGUGAAGACUUCUUUCACUUUGUCAACACAGAACUGAGGAACAUUUGUGCCAGAGGAUGUACCCUCACCCAUGACAUCACUGCCCACUUCUUCAGGGGUCUCCUGAGUGCCUGUUUAAGUUGCAAAGAUCCAGCCCUAGAGGUUAACUCAGUUCUGACUACCUGUCAAACCGAAUGUCCCAUUAUCCUGAUCUCUGCAGUGCUAUGGUGGCCGAGACUAGAGCCGGUGCUUACCUGCCAAUGGAAGAGGAAUUCUGAGAAUCCACUACCUCAAAAACUGCAAAAUCUGGUGGUGGGCCAGCAGUCUGCUUGGAUCUUCCUCUCUUCCAACGUGGUGUCCCCCAUUUCUGACCCAGUCUGGAUUCCUGCUGCUUUUCUCUAUUUUGCAAUUCACCAACAAGUAGCUCCGGAAAGAAUGGCCAGUGCCCUGAAGAAGCUGGGAAAGGAUAGAGAGCAGCUCUUGGUUUCCCUUUUCUUCUUUUCCUUGAUGGGACUCAUCUCAUCACAUCUGGCACCACAGGAAGGAGGAGAUUUCCCGAAAACCUUAGAUAUGUGUUCAGAGAUCCUUGGGUGUUUGGAGAGGAGGAGAAUGUCCUGGUUAAUUUUCUUCCAGUCACCGAAGAAAGGGACCGGCCUCUAUCAAAUCCUACUCAGCGCAGCUUCAGACCAGUACAUCAGGUUACUGCCUCUUGCCUUCUACAGCCUCAGUGCCUUUUUUGAUCAAGAGCUCUUUACUAGAGAGGAGGCAUUUUUAUAUGUGGCUACUGACAUGUAUCUCAAGUUGGUGCAGCUGUUUGCGGGAGGAGAGACUUCUGCGGCCUCAACUCGGGAACCCUGGAAGCAGGUAGAUUCUCUAGGAUUGAUAAGAAAAGCUCGUCUGUUUCUGUUUCGUGCCAUACCCCGGUGCCCAAAGAGGAGUUUCUCAAACGUAACGGAGUUACUGGCCACCUGUGAGGACUGUGACCCGGAGAUGAAAGCUGCCCUUGCGAGCGGCCAGCAGCCUCCUGAAGACGCGGACUUAUACGGUGAACCGUUGCUCUUCUGAUCGACCCCCAGGCUCCCGGGACCGGUUCUGCGACCCCAGCCCAGCCCGCGGCCUCUCCGGGGGGCAGGCCGGAGAAAAGCGGAACGCCGCGGCUCGGCGGCCCAGGCUACUUUGUAAAUAAUUUAUUUUAAAGCAUAACUCUGGAGCUCUCGUUACACUAAAAAGUGGAUUACAAAUAUCUUUUGCUCGGA